CUUGUGAAUCAGUUACGUUUCUGCAUGAAUUAUGUUCUCUUUGGCAACACAAUACACAUCAUUAUUCAGAGGACCACAAGAAUUCAACACGUGAAUAUGAUUUCAAGCCUUUACCUAAGAGUGUGAAACACAUAAAAGCUUAGUUCAGUCUUACUCAAAGUCACAAGCUGUUGUCUGUACUCAUUUAGAGAUCCAUGCCGAUGAAUCCACAUGAACUGGUAAAAUACAGCUUAUUAUAGUUCUAAGUAAUGUAUAUGAAUUUAAGCUCCCCUUUUAUGAGUAACCAUUUAGUAUUUUUUUUUAAAUCAUAUAGAAUUUAUAUUUAAUUAAGGCAUCUUAGAAAUGGUUUCCUUUAGGAUCCAGAGUGUUCUGGUUCACAUUUUUCUCUCACGGAUUUCCUCUCUUGUUUUUGGGAUACCCGAGUUAAUCCACUCAUUUGAAAAUGUGACAGGAAAAAUCUCUUUCCGUCAAAUGGAUGGGAAUUCAACAUACUUACGGGAUAGUGGAGAGCUGGCAUCUUACAUACCCACCCUGGUUUCAUUUGAGCUCUCUAACCUGAGACUACGCUCUGCAACUUUUAUAUACACAUGGGACAUGGGCAAUGGGCAAGUGCUUGAAGGCCCAGAGCCUUUUGUGCAGUGUUGCUACACCUCACCUGGGAACUACAUAUUUAAAUUGAGCAUUGGAGCAAAUACGGCCAAACAUUCCACAAUUACUGGGCUGUACUCUGUAGAUUUGACUGUGUUAGAUGCCAUAAAGAGCAUUCAACUGAGAGGAUCUUUAAAUUAUAACGUGGACCAAAGCAGCAGUCUGUCCUUUCAGGUCAGAGGCAGUCUUCCGGUUUGGCUGUGCUGGAGAGUUUUGCCUGACUGCCACUCACCCAGUCCAACUUCCUGUAAUUUAGUUAAGAUCUACAAAAACAAAUUCAAUUUGAACUACACCUUCACAUCAGUAGGAACUUACUGUCUAGGCCUCAGCAUGAGAAAUGACAUCAGCAACUUCCAGACAUCCUACUACAUCUAUGUGCAGAGCAGUCCUGUGAGUCACCUCAUCUUUAUUUUGCCCAGUGCAGUUGUAAUUUUUGCCAGCCUCGUAUUCAUCUUUGUCUCAGUGUGUCGUCCACGGCAGGAAUCCCUCAUGUUUAAGGCAGUGGUGGAAAAUAUUAAUUGUCUCCCUUUUACAGACAUUGAGAUGCAUGCAAAUGAUGCAAUCAUCCCCUGCAAACCCAUUGCAUCAUCUUCCUCUUACAGCAAUGAAGCCCAGCCUCUUCUUCAUUAGCAGGGGCUUCCUACAACACCCAGCCCUGUUAGUCUCACUGUGACUAUCCGGUCCAUAUCAAAUUAGCCUGACAUUGUCACUGUGAAUGACAAUAUCUAGCCAUUCACAUUUGAGAGCAAGAUAGAAAUGGUCAGUCCUGACUCAACACUGUGAAUCAACACAAUACAGAACCACUGAAAGCUUUUAAUUUUGAGUCAUUUUUCUCUAUGUGAACUCACUAAUGACUCUCUCUUUGUUUCUGCUUGUGCUCUUUUUUGUGACAAUUAAAUUUUAUACUUAAGGGUUUUAAGGUUUUACCUUAUUAAGGUUUCUAAUGGAUCUUGGCAUUGAUUAUGAAAUUGGAAGAAUUAAAUUCAGUUCAACAAGGGUGUCUUUCUGAAUAUUGUUGAACCUAAUGAACAACAAGCACUGCUGGCUUUACUUUAGUUUGUGUAAAAGAUCAUAUAUAUUUGCUAGUGAUUAUGAGCAAGAGUUUCCUUGUCAAAGACCUAGAGCUCCUUCUCUUGAAAUGAAUGAGUCUGACCUAUAUAUUCCUGCUGUGAUGAUCAAUGACAUUUGCCAUCUGCACUGCAAGGUACCAGGAAGACAAGAAUUACAGCUCUUAAUAAUACCUCUCUGGGUUAAAGGGUAUGGAUGUGCUAUGCAUCAUAGUUUUUGGAAUAACCUUGCCCUUCUUCAGCUCAAACUUAGCUGAGGAAUUACUCUUGUCCUUGGAAGCAUAAAAAUAGCAAAAGUAUGUGAAAGAACUUGAAUAGGUUUCCUCACAAAAUUUUAUCACAGAUUUGUUUCUAGUUUUCAUGAGGAAACUGUUGAACAAUUAGUGCAAUACUGUUGCCUACAAAAUUAUUAUAAAUGUAUAAUUAUUGUGGUGACUAUCCUUAAGAAAAUUGCCAAUUCAGUCACUUCUUGGGUCUGCUGAGGUAUUUAGAUGCCCCUUGUAAUUUGAAUAAAUUGUCCACAAUGUUUGAGUCGAGUUCCAUGUUUUUAUUA